ACGGCGUGAAAUAAGAAAGAUUAAAGAUAAUAAGAAUAAGUUUAAGAAUAAGAAUAAGAAUAAGAAAUUAAGGGGGACCAGCUACGGCCACAAUGUUCCAGCAGUUUUUGUACCAUCAUCCACGCGCUGUCUCUCCCUCAGCGCUCCUGUUCCCAGCGGUGAACUCCCGGCGGCGGUUCUUGAUCCACAACACCGUCCAGGAGUACUUCCCCGGCCUGACCACCCUCAGCGUGGGCCACGGGGAGCAGCGCCGCACCGUCGUCACCUUCAGGAACUCGGCGGAGGACGCGCAGGAGGCGACCCAGCACCGGUCGCCGAAGCAGAAGCAAGAGGAACAAAAGGAAGAAGACAUAGGAGAAGGAGGAGGGAGAGGAGCAAGGGGCGGAGGAGGACGACGUCGAGAAGCAGCCGCAGGAGCCGCAGGAGCAGGAUCGGCAGGAGGCGGUCCCGAAGAGAGACUCCCGAAGAACGAAGACCGGAGGGACGACGCCACCACGAAGGCCGCCAAGCUCCAGCACCACCAGCAGUGCCCGCAGCAGAAACAAGCGCCGCCGGCCCAGCAGCAGCAGCAACACAAUCGGGGAUCACAGCAGCACAAGGGCCCCCAGCAGCAGGCUGAGCAGAGACAGCAGCACCAGAGGAAGGGGUCGCAGCCUCAGCUCAAUAACGCAGGACCACAACAGCAACAACAGAAGCAACAUAUACAAGAACAACAACAACAGCAGCAACAGACUUCAGGUAAACAAAGACAGCGAUCGAGGAAAGCCCGCAGUCGCAGUUGUCACUCCGAGCCAAGGGACGGCGGUCGCCAGCGCCAACAACAACAACAGCAACAGCAUCAACAACAACAACAGCAUCAACAACAACAACAACAGCAUCAACAACAACAACAACAACAACAGCAUCAUCAACAACAACAACAGCAUCAGCAACAACAACAGCAUCAACAACAACAGCAGCAGCAUCAACAGCAACAGAAGCAGGGGAACAGCGGCGGAGGCGGCGGCCCGAAGCAUGACGAGCGGCAGGUGAGAGAGGACACGCCGCCAGAGGACUCGCAGAGCAAGAAGCGGCGAAACCGAAGGAACAGGAAGCAGCGCGAGCGGCAGGAGCAGCUGCAGCAUCAGAAUCAGCAUCAGCAGGCGGAGCAUGUGAACGGGAGACACGAGGACGAAGACGAGAGGGACCACUCAGUGCCAUACCGCGGCGGCCAUAACCACCACAGGGGUGGAAAUCAUGCCUUUGAGCGCAGGGGAGCAGCCCCAGUGAGAGCUAGCGGAGGAGAGUCCGAGUGGGACUUGUGUGCCCGGGGAGUCGAGGGCCAUGUAAGUGAGAGCGGUGGGAAAGCAAACCGAGUGAAAACUGAGAGUGAGAGCGAUAGAGCGAGGAAUAGCAACGCCGGACAAGGAAGCGGAGGAGGACCUACCUCGUUCAGAGAAGACAGCGGCGAUCUAAGACUAUUCCUAAACUCUCGCCGGGAAAUCCUCGCGCAGAGCAGGUCGGCAGAAGCGCCAUCGGCCGGCGGUAGAGCGACGUCCAGCACCGCCGCCCACGACCACCACAGAAUGCCAGUCACCAUGACCAGUGACGACUACAGUGGCAACAAUAGCCGCCCGAGAGGCAAGGCAUGUGCACAGAUCUACAGACCCCCUCCAGCCCGCAGCACAAGGUUGGAUGCUGGCCCUGUGCAUCAACAGCAACAGCAACAGCAACUUUACCACCCUAAGCAGCAGCAGCAGCACAAUCAUUACUACCAACAUACACAGCACAGUCCACAGAAUAAUCAGUAUCCACAGCACCAAUACCCACUUCCUAACAGGCAGAGAAAUGACAGCGAGAGCAGUUACGUGAUGGGAGACCACCAUGGAGGGAAGGCAGGGAGGGGGCGUCGUCCAGACCAGAUGCUUUACGUUCCAAGGGGGAGGCGCAAUGUGGAUUCAGGAUCCGUGCGUGGAACGCCUACCCCAAUGCAGGAUUAUGAACAAUCUCAGAGGGCUCCCUCACCCACCUUUUCCAUCUGUUCUGUUGUGUCAGAGUAUAGUGGCAGGAAUCGCUAUAGCAAGCAUGACAGCCGUCAUGGCAGUCAGCUUUCCAUCUAUGAUGGAGAUUUUGACAGAAUUAAAUCCAAGCCUCCUCUGUCAAAGGGAGAAUUCAGCAGAGAGUCAACACCAGGAAACGGAAGACAGAAGGGCGGAAAUAGGUUCAACAGUCAGACUCUGCAGCUCAUUGAGAGGUGUUUGAAUCAGGACUCAGAGCCCAGACUAAGUGAUAACCACAACUGGGACAGUGACUCGGUGCAUAGCUCACCCGCCAAAAACAACAGGGGAGGCCAGGGAAGGAGCCAGAAGAGUCCCACCCCAACUAGAGAUAUUCACAGUGUUCACAGUAAAGAGAAUGUUAUUCACCCAGUGGAGCCAAAUUCUCGCACAAGAAAAGGGCGAAGGAAUCGGAGGCGAAAUUCCCGCAGCAGAGAACCUAGUGCUGAAAAGUAUAAUGAAUCCAUAGGCUCACCAGGUUGUAACUCAAAGAAUGGAGAUCCUUACAACAGCCCCCACAGUGAGAGAGGCUUUGGUAGCUGUGAAAGAGUCUUUUACAACAGCAACUUCAACUCUCCCAAUGAGCGGUAUGACAGAGGAUAUGAUAAUUAUGAUCGAUACAGUAGUAUUAACAAUAGCCGUGCUAGCAGUAGAAAUUCUAGCCGUGAGAGAACUCCUCAACAUGCUUCAUACCACACUAAUUGGAGAGGUGCCUCCAGCCCCUCAAGUCCUGCCAAAGGUUACCAAAGUAGAAACUCACCUGGUAAGCCACCUUCUGGGAGGUUAGGCUCACUGCCCAAUGUCACUCUUGACUACAGUGAGAACACAAGGAGAAGCCCAACUCCAAGCAAUGAAGAGAAUUAUAGAUAUCAUACACUGCCAGUUAAACAUAAUCGAAACCCCUUGAUGGGAAGUCAUCGAGCAAACAGUAUUGAUAACUCAAGAAUAUCAGGUAUUCCUAAUUCCCACAGAUUAGAUCAAAGUUACCAUGAUGAACCAAGUUAUAGUAGUAUGGAAACAGUUGAUCAGGGACCAUCCUUAAUCAAUGGAGGAAGUGCUGAACAUAGAUUAGAAAACAUUAAUGAGAACCCUUCAUUUGACAGUUCCUACAGCUCUGAUCAGAAUAUCCAAAUGAGCAGAGUAGAGGAGAUGCAUGUGUGUGAAGAUAUUAGUCAAGGUUCAGCAUGUGAUACCUCUAGUAAUGGGGAAGUUAUAGAGGCCAACCAAACCACACUGCCAUCUGAUCCAGCAGAAACUGAUUCCAAGAAUGGCCAGCCUUUGCAUGUAGUGGACAAUCAGUCAGAUGCUAAUGCAGUGUCUGAUGAACCCUCAAGCACAGUGGCUGGAUCCUCAGGGAAGGUAUACUUUGACCUUGGUGAUGAGGCAGAAGACCCCCCAGAAGAUUUAGCGAGGGAAACAGUGGCCAUCGAAAAUGACACCCAAAAUGACAUCCAGGCUGAAGCAAAGGAAGAAGCCAGUGAACAGGAGAAGGAAGAGAAGAAGAACUUAAAGAAAUUCUCCUUCAAUUGGGCAGAUGAAGUGGAAGACUCAUGGGACACCCUUUAUGAUGACAGUGGUGAGUGCCUCGCUCCUGAGAUUAAGCGCCAGCUCAGUGAUUCCAUUGGUAAGGUGAAGCUGGUCAAGCCUACAAAUGACUACUAUGAUUACCAGCCCAAGGAGCCUCAGAUCAAUGAGGAUGAAUAUGCCCAUGUCAUUGAGAUCUAUGACUUCCCAGUUUCCUUUAAGACACAGGAUAUCAUGAUGAUCUUCAGUCCCUACCAGAACAAUGGCUUUGACAUCAAGUGGGUAGAUGACACCCAUGCUCUCGGGAUCUUUGCUACAGCUCUCAUUGCCAAGGAAGCCCUGAGUAUUGACCAUCCAUUCCUGAAGGCCCGCUCCUUGUCUUUAGCCACGGAAACCUCUCGGUCAAAGGCUAUGCGCAUCACAGAGGCUCUCUUGCCCUACAAACCUCGGCCAGCAACAUCAGCAGCCCUGGCGCGUAGACUGGUGUCGGGAGCCCUAGGCUUGAAGGUGAAUGUCCCUCAAGAAGUAAGGGAAGCAGAACGGCAGAAACUCAAGGAUGCUAAAGCCCAGAAGAAGCUAGCAGCCAAGCAGAGAGUAGAUGCCUGGGAGGGCACCCUGACCUGAGUCGUGCACUCUGGUCUUUGAAGAACUGAUAGUCAUGAAAAUUCCAGUGAAUUCUUGGGUGAAUUAAAGUCAUAGGUGGAAGAGUGCGCAAUAUGUAUAAGGUCUCUUAGGUGUUGUUGGAAAGACAGUGAAAACCUUUUUUUUCUUUUUUCUUUUUUUCUGUCUAGAAGGAGCCAUAUGGUGAACAGCUAUGCUAUGCUUGUGAUAGCUGAUGUGAAGUAUCAUUGGCACAAGUGAAUGAUAUUACUGAAAGAUAUAAAUGGUUACAAGUGUAGAAAUUGUUUUGAGGAGAGAGAAAUAAAAAAUACUAGAAUCUAAGGCUGAUGAACAGGAUACAAGUCCAUAGUUGAGUAGAGGUGCCCCCCCAAAGCUGCACCUUAUUUUGUCUAGAAUUAAUAGCAGCCAUGUAUUUUCAUGUCUGAGAUCUGUGUUAAUGGAAUAGAUUUAUAAGACCAGAAGAGAUAGACUGUACCAAGUUAUAUCUUUUAAGAUGCAUCAAGGGUUUGCUUUAUAAAGAGAGGGCUAAAGGGAGACUUUUUGAUCACCUUUGAAUCACAGUUUAUCAGAGAUUAUGAGAGUAGCAUAAAGGCAGGAAUACUGUAUGUCAAAGUAAACAGUUCCAGCCCAUAGAUGUAGUUAACAGCCAGUUAGCUACCUCAGCAGCUCAGUAUUGGACAUGGUCGACCAAGUGCGCCUGCUACCUCUAUUCUACUGGCUUAGCUAAAAGUGCUCCUUCUUGUUGUACGCCCAAGCUAGAUAAAGCAAGUGCCUCUGAGGGAUAACUUCCAGUAAUCAGUCAUCUCAGGUUUGUUGUGUAAGCUGUUACUUUUUCCCAGGGUUUAUAUAGGAAACUAUAGAUGAUUUUUUCAAUAAGUGCAAACAUAAAAAGGAACACACAUUUUUAUACAUACAUGCACAUGUUAUCAUACCCCAUCACAUACACCCAUGCUAUAAAGACACUACAGUCCAUGUAUACUUACAGAUAUAUAAUGUUUGUAUGUACAUCUUCAUUUAAAAGUAAUAUAUGCAUAUGUGUAUGAUUUUGAAUAUGCAUAUGUGUAUUGAUAGUUGUAAUGUCUACAAUGGCAUUUAUUGUUUUAAUGUUUGUAUGAUGUUGAUUAAUAGAUGUGUUGAUAAGCUGUGAAUAAUAACAUGUAGACAGGUUAAUGCAUGACAGAGUUUACCAUGUGUUUUAAUGCUAUUAUGAAUCAUAGACAAAGGUAAUACUAUGUCUUAUUUAUUUACUACCAUCCCAAAAACUGGAGUGUUCAACAGAAACACUAAUAGUCAUUUAUACCUACUUUUGGGGCAUUAUAAUGUUCUAGUUUUUGGAGAAAUAAAUCAUGUGAUUGUUGAGAUAUUGUCAGCUAAUUAGAAUAGGGUUUGCAAUAUAUCAGAUUGCCACUUACAGUGCCUGCUGUGAGGACGCUCAUCUGAACAUCUUGGUGACAAUCGACUUGUGAAAGCCAUACUUUUUAAGAUAAAUAAUGGAAUGGGAAUACAUGAAAUUUAUUCAGGCAGUGAAUACAGAAUUCUAUACAAUAAUUAUUUGACGUCGCAUUCGUUUAAGAAUUGCGAUCAUGAUGAGUUCAUGAUAGAAGACAUCAUGGGAUAUUUUAUUUUAUUUUAUGUUUUCUUUGACAAUGGGAUUUUGCUUAAGGAGAAAGUCAGCAUUGCAUGACAGAAGAAAUAAGUUGAUGAAGAGCAACCAUUUAUUUAGAAAUUGUGUUGUGAUCAGAUAAUCUAUAUUAUGUAAGUUUAUAGUGUCUGAAUGUAGCAGUUUUGAAAUGCAAUGUUUAAAGGAAAAGACGGUCUUUUUCAGAUGAUGAGAAAAAAAAGGAUCGUUUUCUACACAUACUGUAAGUCAACUAUGUGAAUGAUGUGAAUUUCGUAGUAUAUAUUUUUGUACAUCUUUCACAUAUGCUUUUUCUCCCUGAAACUUGUCAAUAAAUAUGUGAUUCCUAA